ACUGAACUUUCUCUUUCAUAACAAAUAAAACUAUUACACGUGUUGCAUAAUCAGGAACCUACCUCAUACAUUUUUUUUAGAAAAACCAAAAAAAUCAAAAAGGCGGAAAAAAAAUUAAAAGCCCACUCCACUUCAAACAGAAUAUUUAUGCCGUCCCCCCGAGGUACGGCCACGUGUAUCCGUCUUUUACGCAGUUCUCGACACGUCCUUAUUUUUUGUUGGCUAACAGGAUGGGCCAAUCACAGGCUUCGAACACGCCAAAACAGGAAACUUUAUUUUUUUGCUACGGCCCCAUUGGGCUUCGGCCAAUCAAAUCUCGUCACUGUUUCAAGUUUCGCAGUAGGACACGUGUACUCCUCUGAUCUUGGACACGAUUGCUGCCGCUAUGAUUAUCGCUUCACCUCCGGUAAAGCCUUUGCCCUUAGAUGAAAAAAAAGAAAAGAAAAAAAAGAAUACAAAGAUAAAAUAAAAUCCGAAGAUAAGAUAAAACAAAGAGAGAGAAAGAGAGAGAAGGGUUUGUUAGGUUUUUUUAAUUUUUUUGGAAGGAGGAAUGGAGGGCGGGGAUCAAUGGAGGAUGCUAAAAUGCGCUGGGGGUGUACAAGAUAAGACGAUAAUCAACCGGAUAAUGCUCAGAUUCAGGCCGAUUGCUCCAAAACCGGUGACCGGAGACUCAGCUUCCGGUGAGUCGACGUUUGGUAACAAGAACUCAGGUGUUACAAGCAUGAGAGUGAAGAGAAAAUACGUUAGGGUUUGUGCGAAGAAUAAUAGGAGAAGAAGAGCCUUGGAUGAAGCUAAAGACGAUAAGGAUGGAAAUAAGGGUUCCGUAACCCUGCAGUUGAUGCCUGAGAGAGCUGAUCUAGAGAAAUCAGCGGUUGUUGAUAGCUCAGGGGCUGGUGAUCAUGAUCUCGAUCGGACGGUUGGUGAUGAUUAUCAUCAAUCUCAUGAGGACCCGCCGCUGCUGUGCUUGAAGUUGCAGAAAAUGGUUGCAACAGAUCAAGAAGUGGCGGCUGCGGUGAUGGGGUUGUCGGAUCAGGCGACGGGGAGGAAAGUGAGUGUUGUGGAGUCAUGGGUGACGGUGGAGAGCAUAACAGACAGCUGCAUGGAUGAAGGAGACAUGGGGAGCUGUACGGACGUGGAUAGAAUGAGGAAUCUGGAUAAGGACACGUAUCCAGGGUUCAUAUCGGACGGUUGGCACCGUGUUUUGUGGGUGAACGAGGCGUUCAAGAGCAUGGUGGGCGGAGAAGGGGCUGAAACCGCGGUGGGGUUGGUGGUGAAAGAAGGGUUUAAAUUCCCACAGGGUGCAUUCUCGUGCCGGGUAGGGUUACGGUACGGAGAUGGAAAGGGAAAGAAAAAGCAAUCGAAAAUGGUUCCUUGCGAUGUGUGGAAGAUGAGCUUUGGCGGAUUUGCAUGGAGGCUCGAUGUUAAGGCUGCUCUCAGUUUGGGACUCUAACAAUGGGAACCCAAACCAUUCCCAUAGUUUUUGCAGGUUUCUUAAUUGAGGACCUUUCGACGUCAAAGGAUCUAUAAACAAAGAAGGGAACUUGGCAAGUGUAUAUAUUUAUAUUCAAAUAUAUAGAUAUAUGCAUGGUAAGUGUUGAAGCUAGGAGAUUAUAAAGGGGACUUACUGAAUAAUUUUCAAUGGCUAUAUUGGUGGCAAUCAUUCACAUAAAGAUGAAAGGGUUGAGAGAGUUUGAGAUUUUUGGGUCAAAAGCAUCAAUCAAACUUCACCAACAAAGCAAAGGCUUUUUGUGGAUGUAAAUUUGGGUGAAAAUAUUUGAAGAUGUUUUUAUUAAGGCCUAAUUUGUGAUUGCUAAACAAGUUCUAAAGUUUGGUCCAUCUGCAACGUGGAUUGAAUAAUUUAAUGCUAUGUAGGGAAAAAGAAAACUAUGUAGUUUAAAGUUUGGUUCAUCUCCAACAUGGAUUGAAUGUUUUCAAGGCUGGUAUGUGACUUUUAAAGGUUCCUUUCUUU